CUUGGCCCGGGGCUCGAAGCAACUGUCAUUUUCUCCGCUGGGCGGGCCACCGGCGCGGCUCUGGCUGAGCACGGCGGCGCGCCAAGACCGCGAGGCGACCAGGAGCGGCUGGGCCGCCGGAGGCGCGCCCCUCCGCGCUCCCGGGAGCCGCGCCGGUCGGAGUCCUCGGCCAGCCGCGGCGCUCUUUCCUCUCAGCGCCCGUCUGUUCGCAGUGCAGCCGGGGGACAUGACCGACCCACCAGGGGCGCCGCCGCCGGCGCUCGCCAGCCGCGGAUGAAGAAGAAAGCCAGUCCCCGCUCCACCCGGAGCAAGAAGGAGACCCAGACCAAGGAGGUGACCCAGACCGAGGAGGUGACCCAGGCCGAGGAGGUGACCAGGGGCAAGGAAGUGAUCCAGGCGGAGGAGGUGGCCCAGACCGAAGAGGUGACCCCGGCUCAGGAAAUGGCGGCUGCCGGGCUUAGCGUGACCGUCACCCACAGCAGUGAAAAGCACGACCUUCAUGUUACUGCUCAACAGGGUAGAACCGAACCAAUCGUCCAAGACCUGGCCCAGGCUGUUGAAGAGGCCACAGGGGUUCCACUGCCUUUUCAAAAGCUCAUAUUUAAGGGAAAAUCUCUGAAGGAAAUGGAGAUGCCAUUGUCAGCACUUGGAAUACAAAGUGGUUGCCGAGUCAUGUUAAUUGGGGAAAAGAGCAAUCCAGAGGAAGAGGUUGAGCUAAAAAAGUUGAAAAAUUUGGAAAAGUCUGUGGAAAAGAUAGCUGACCACCUGGAAGAGUUGAAUAAAGAACUUACUGGAAUCCAGCAGGGUUUUCUGGCCAAGGAUUUGCAAGCUGAAGCUCUCUGCAAACUUGAUAGGAAAGUAAAAGCCACAAUUGAGCAGUUUAUGAAGAUUUUGGAAGAAAUUGACACAAUGAUCCUACCAGAAAAUUUCAAAGACAGCAGGCUAAGAAGGAAGGGUUUGGUGAAAAAGGUUCAGGCAUUCUUAGCUGAGUGUGAUACAGUGGAAGAGAACAUCUGCCAAGAGACUGAGCGGCUACAGUCUACAAACUUGGCCCUUGCUGAAUGAGGUGCUGUGGAGAGGCUCUGCUGCCCUGAGGAGCAGCACCACUACCCUGUCUUCUCUUCAAUAGAAGCUGUCUGUUCCUCCAGAGCUGCCAGAGGCAACUGGCCAAAUGUCAAUUUUCCUACUCCUACACUGGUUCUCAAUGAAAAAGUACUGUCUUUGCAACCUUAA